AGCGCACAGCGCCUGUUUAGUUUAAAAAUAGUAAAUGCAACGAACUUUUGUGUGUUUUACUGGCCCGCUCUUGAUGACAAAGCCCGGCAGCUGAAACAAUGAGCUUGGCAAUCGAAACUUUACCCAUGGAAAUAACCCCUAGUCCCAGUUUGGGUGCCACGAGUCGUGGCGACCUUGAAAAGGUACUGGCAAUGCUCGUUCUGGGACUGGGAAGCCUUUUGUCGGGAAUGCUUCCCGCCUUUAUUUCUGAAAGGAAUCGUCAGCGCUUCCCGUUGACCACGUCCCUGCUCCUUUGUUUCGGAGCAGGAAUUCUGCUGGCCACUGCAUUGGUUCAUAUUCUGCCAGAGGUGCGCGAACAAAUGGACUCAAAAUUCGCUGAAGUAGCCAUGUGUGGAGGCUUUUUUAUUAUAUACUUUAUUGACGAAUUCAUACACUACUUUUUUGGCGAAGCUAUACAGCACACACAUUCUUCGGCUCCAGAAACCGAACCUGCAAGAAGACCGACUAAUAUUAAUGGCAACGGCUAUGGCGCAGUGAGUGAGCGGGCGCCGCUUUUAUCAGCGGACCCUAGUACGUCACAUAGGGAUUUGCACCAUCAUGACCACGAUCAUGAACAUGAUCACCCAUAUAACGGAUCCGGGUGUAAUGACGCCAGUGUAGAGGACGCCAACGCCCGCAUUUGUCACACCAGCCACACUGAACCCUGCGAACAGUCGAUGACAGGCACACUUGGACUCUUUGUGGCCCUGUCACUGCACUCAGCAAUUGAAGGACUGGCCAUCGGCGUGCAGAACUCAUCCACAAAGGUUCUAUUUCUACUGGGUGCCGUCGCCUGCCACAAGUUUGUGAUGGGCUUUUGUCUGGGACUCGAGUUUCGUUCAAAUCCCCAGACGAGUUUUCGCGCCCAGCUCGGCGGAAUCUUGGUGUUUGCCCUGGGAGCCGUUAUUGGCAUUGGCCUGGGCAUGCUUAUAGUGGAUGUUCCCGCCUCAUGGUCCAGCAAAACUCUGCCUAUCAUUCAAGCUUUGGCGGGAGGCACACUUUUCUACGUCACCGUCUGCGAAGUGAUACCGCGAGAAAAAGCGCGUUGGCACUCAAAUUCCACGCGACGGUGGGCCGGAUUUGCACAGUUCGCAACUGUAAUUGCCGGCUUUGCCACUAUGUGCAUCAUAAACUUUUAUCUUUCUGAUGAGGAAUAGGAAUCUUUGGAUCGAGGAGUCCUCUAUGUGCUGUGACCCAAUGUGCUGCUAUUUUAUACCUCAAUAAUUACAGGAUCUUUUAUGCAUUGGUAGCUAAUUUUAAAUUUGGUUUUAUAGAACCCCUGUUAUUUGUCUUCAACGAAUAUUAUUAUAGCUAUAUUGUAAUAUAAGUAAAAAGUUCAAAGCACAA